AGAGCGGAGGCGGAGGCGAGAGCCUGGCGCUGUAGGACUUAGAACGAUCUAAGGAGUGAGGCGGCCGAGAGCGCAGAUACCGUUUUGGCGUGAGAGCUGGUAGUUGGCAAGGCCGCAGAAGCGGAAAGCGUCCGCCAUGUUCUGCGAGAAAGCCAUGGAACUGAUCCGCGAGCUGCACCGCGCGCCGGAAGGGCAGCUGCCUGCCUUCAACGAGGAUGGACUCAGACAAGUUCUGGAGGAGAUGAAAGCUUUGUAUGAACAAAACCAGUCUGAUGUGAAUGAAGCGAAGUCAGGUGGACGAAGUGAUUUGAUACCAACUAUCAAAUUUCGACACUGUUCUCUGUUAAGAAAUCGACGCUGCACUGUAGCAUACCUGUAUGAUCGCUUGCUUCGGAUCAGAGCACUCAGAUGGGAAUAUGGUAGCAUCUUGCCAAAUGCAUUACGAUUUCACAUGUCUGCUGAAGAAAUGGAGUGGUUUAAUAAUUAUAAAAGAUCUCUUGCUACUUAUAUGAGGUCACUGGGAGGAGACGAAGGUUUGGACAUUACACAGGAUGUGAAACCACCAAAAAGCCUAUAUAUUGAAGUAUGUAUAUCUUUUUAAAAUGCAUUUUUCUUUAACGUGUAGAUUGUGCUACCUUUUAAGAAGAAGGGAGUAUAUGAAUAUGUAUUAGCUUCUAUUAAAAUAGAAAAGGAGCAUAGACCAAAUCAAGCUACCUA